AUGAGCUCAAAGGGCAAGAUGCCAUUUCCCCGUGAGCCAGCCAAUUACGAUGAGGUUUCUAUGCAGCAAAGUAUGCUUUUUUCGGAUAGUUUGAAGGACUUGAAAAAUCUAAGGAAACAGCUCUACUCGGCUGCCGAGUACUUUGAGUUGUCUUACAGUAACGAUGACCAAAAUCAUGUAAUGGUGAACACAUUGAAAGAUUAUGCUAUUAAAGCUCUUGUUAAUACGGUGGACCAUUUGGGUUCUGUCACGUAUAAAGUCAAUGACAUGUUAGAUGAGAAGGUUGAUGAAGUUUCGAUAACCGAGUUUCGAGUGUCUUGCAUCCAGCAGAGACUGCGGACGUGCCAAGAGUAUGUCGAUCGCGAAGGUCUCUCUCAGCAGUUAUUGGUGAUUAACACUCCACUUUACCACAAACGAUACAUCUUGCCAAUUGGAGAAACCAUGCAUGGGGCCGUUCGUACAAAAUCGAGAUACCGAGGAUGCAGCUUAGAUGAUGGAGACCAGUGGCAUCAGUUUAAGAACUCUAUUCGAGCCACUAUACGUGAAACUCCACCCCCAUCUAUAGUCGGGAAAGGACCCUUACCCUUCCCGAGAUUCGCCAAAAACGGGAACUUCUCAUUCUCUAACAAGGAUUCAGAAAAGAGAGCAACCUCACCAAACCGGGUCCCGAUUGUGCGUUCUGUUUCACAUUCAACUAAACUAACAACUCCAAAAAGCUCAAAUUCGAGCACCCAAAAUGCUUCAUUUGGAAGAGAAUCGCAUGUAUCUGAAUCUCGAAAAUCAGUUUCGAUGCGUUUUCGUGUUGGGAAGGAAAGUUCAAGAGAAAACGAGCAAUAUCCAAACAAAAGCAAACAUCUGCUCAAAUCUUUACUCAGUCGACGCAAGUCGAAGAAAGAUGAUACUCUAUAUACUUAUUUGGAUGAAUAUUAG